AUGAGCAACCCCAUCAGCAAAUCCAACGCGGAAGCUGAGAUCAUUCAUCUCAAAGCCCAGAAUCAACGUCUUGAGGACUCUCUAGCGCGCUUGCGCGCCGAAUACCAGCAACUGUCGACUCAAUUCGAGAAGCUCCAGAAAUCCAACGCGGAGAUUGCCAAGGCCAGCCCCAAUCAGCUGGAGCGAGCAUUUCGAGACCUACUAGAACAGAAUCGUGCCCAAUUCGCCGCCAUCGAGCAGAGCGCGAACGAAAGGGCCAACUUGCAGCAUCAAGUUCAUCAGCUGCAGCAACAACUGGUUGGACCACCACCGCAGCAACAGCAAAACCCGUACGGCCAGCCAGCCCAUCAGGCGUACGAUCCCCGGCUCGUGCCUGCUACUCCCGCCGGCCACCCUCCAGCGGCAAUGCCUCAAUCACAGCCCUAUCCGCCACAGCCAUAUCCGCCUCCACAGCACCCUGUCAACAAUGGCUACGCCGAAGCCAUCUCAACAGUCCCACCUCCAGCUGUCGCCUCUAGCAUGUCAGCCAACGAGCAAAGCCCCGGCCCAUCAACCCCAGGCUCUCCUGGAACAAAGAAGCGCAAACGUGACCGCUCCUCCGCAAUCGCACCCUCAGCCAACUCCGCCCCCUCUCCAACCACGGCCGCCUACAACCCCGCCACUCAACGAUGGCACUGUCCCUCGUGCGCUAAAGACUUCAGCCGCCGCCAACACAUGCAGCGGCACGAGCGCUCGGCGCACUCGGACGUGAAGCCGCACGUUUGUGAGAUCUGUGGGGCGGGCUACUCAAGGAAGGAUCAUUUGGGGGAGCAUUCCAAGCGUGCGCAUGGGGUUGUGCCUGUUGCGCCACCCCCGCGGGUAGGGCCGCUCAGCGGUGGAGAGAAGGGCAGAGGUGAUGAUGAUCUGGGCAGUGAGUUGGAGCGGGCGGUCGCUGCUUUUGGGUGA